CUUAUUGCAUGCACUAUCAUGACUGCAGUGCUACUUUCACAUGGCAGAUGUAUGAGACCGCAGGAAUGGCGAACACCAGUCGGACCUUUUCUGAUGUGAGGAAUGUGAUCCUGUCGGCUCAUAAAAACACAGGAGCUCAGGAUAAGGUUGGCUUCUAUGAUACCUGGGCUGAGAACUAUGAGCAGGAUGUAGCGCUACUGGAUUACCGUGCCCCUUUGUUAGCGGCUGAGUGUGUGAGCUCAUUUUUCACAGGUGACAGAGAGAAGGCCACUGUCCUGGAUGUGGCCUGUGGAACAGGCCUGGUCUCUGCACAUUUAAAGAAAAUGGGGUUCCAUCACUUUGUUGGAGUAGAUGGAUGUUUGACGAUGCUGGAGUUGGCAAAGAAAACUGGACUUUAUCAGGAACUUAAGCAGUGCCUGCUUGGUCAUGAUGAAAUUUCAGUUGAAGCUGAAACAUAUGAUAUUAUUAUAAUUGUUGGAGCUCUAAGCGUUGGGCAGGUGCCUUUUACAGUCAUCAGAGAGCUCUGGGAUGUUACAAAACCAGGCGGCUAUGUGUGCAUGACUACUAGAGGGAACGCUGAUAACCGGCAGUACAAGGCUGAGCUGGAGAAAAUGAUCAAAGCACUUGAGGAAGAGCAGAAAUGGAGCCGUGUGACUGUUGUUGAGGUGGAGGAAUGGGAGAGAGCUGUUUCAGAACAGGACAGCGGGUACAUUCCUGGUUCCAUUUAUCUGUAUCAGAAAAGUUUUUAGGAUCACACAAGGGCAACCCAGUGCUAGACCAAAUCUCACAGUAA